UCUACGGUACAAAUCGUGACGAAGCGAUCUCGGGUUUUCGCGCCGCCGGCAGCGGCGGCGGCGGCGGCGGCGACGGAGCGACGGUGACGACGGCGACGGUGACAGUCACUGACAGUAAGCGGUCGGCGGCAACGAGAAGAAAUCCCGCCCGCGCCGCUCCGAAUUCCGACUUCCGACUUCGUCGUAAUUGAUGUCUGUGAUUGAUCGCGAUUCGUGUGGCGGUGGAAACACGUGCUUAUGCAAAUUGCACGAAGCGACUCGGUCGGCUGGCUCAAGUCACGAGAAGAGACAUUUGUAUAGUAAAAGUGAAAAACCUCUAACCUCUCGCUCCCUCCCACGGAGGUUAUCAUAGGAUCUGAGAUUGAAAAUUCAAACGCAUGGUACUGCGGUCCUUUUCUUCGAUCGGAAAAUCAAUGACUUUACUCUGACGUCACGAGAGUUUCAAGAUGAUAAUUCUUUAUUACAAAGUUUCACCGUUCAUCGACGUUUAAGAAUCGUCAAGAUAAAGUCAUUUCGAUUUUGAUUUUGAUUUUUUUUAUUUUUUUUUUUGGGGGGUUGAUUUUCGUGUUCCCUUGCCCUUGGGUGUCGCCGUCGGCCUGUCACCCGUCGUUCGUUCGCUCGGUGACGCCGCAUCUAUCGGAGCAGGGCCGAAGCCCGGAGGUGGAGGAUGCCUGCGUCAUCGUGUAUCAUCGGCGAGAUCGAUCGUGAAACAUGAUCACGCCGCCUUACUUCUAUCCGCCGCAUUUAUCCAUCUCGCUCGCGCGUCCACGUCGGUGACUCCUCGACGAAGGUAGAUUGCCCUGGUGAUCUGGGCAGGCCGGGUAAGUGCUAUGCGUACGCGAGAUGUUACGCGCGCGCGCGCGCGCGCGGAGAGGCGAUCUCGGGCGAUCAUCUCCGUGACGGAUUUCAUCGUUGGAAACCAUCCCGCGAUCACGUGCGACGAUUUUGCGACACCAUGUAUUGAGUGACUCGCGUCGCGCGAUUACGCUGCUUAUUAUUGCGCGUGACGGCCUCCGCGGCUUUUCCGCACGAUACCUAGCUCUACUUUAAUGGAUGGAGAGAAAGAUUGUCAAUGGAAGAAAGAGGCCCGGGACGAUGCUCCGUCGCCGGGUGCUGUUCCGUUCGCGUCAGGGGAGGAAACGGAUUGGGAAGGCAUGCUCAACACGGAGCGGCAGCGGGGUGACCUCGGGGACAUGACGUUCUGCAUGGCCAACUACCUGAAGGAGACUAUGAAGAUGAUGUUUAUGAUGCGCAGCCAUCAUAUGCUGACUGACGUGAUACUGGAAGUCGGUACCGAACUGUUUCACGCACAUAAAGUUAUUUUAGCAGCAGCUAGUCCUUACUUUAAGGCAAUGUUUACUGGAGGAUUGAAGGAAUGCGAGAUGACAAGAGUGAAGCUCCAGGGUGUUUGUCCAACUACGAUGGCUCGCUUAAUGUACUUCAUGUAUACUGGUCAAAUAAGAGUUACUGAGAUUACUGUAUGUUCGCUGCUGUCAGCAGCUACCAUGUUCCAGGUUAGCAAUGUGAUAGAUGCGUGUAGUGUUUUUCUGGAAAGACAACUCGAUCCCACAAACGCGAUUGGCAUCGCCAACUUUGCUGAGCAGCACGGUUGCCAUGAUCUGUACCAUAAGGCGAAUCAAUUCAUUGUUCAGCACUUUAACCAGAUAUGCCAAGAGGAGGAGUUCUUGCAACUGUCCGCCAUACAGUUGGUGACGCUCAUCAGAAAGGACGAGUUGAAUGUACAAGAGGAAAGGGAGGUUUACAACGCUGUGCUGAAGUGGGUCAAGUAUAACGAAGAGGCGAGGCGGCCCAAGAUGGAACAUAUACUGCACGCGGUACGUUGCCAGUACCUCACGCCAAACUUUCUACGGGAGCAGAUGAAAAAUUGCGACGUGCUGAAGAAGGUGCCAGCGUGUCGCGAGUAUCUGGCGCAGAUCUUUAAAGACUUGACGUUGCACAAGAAGCCGGUUGUGAAAGAGCGUACGCCUAACACGCGGCGGGUAAUAUACAUCGCCGGUGGUUUCUUCAAACACUCGCUCGAUGUUCUAGAAGGCUACAACGCCGAUGACAAGGCGUGGACGCAACACGCCAAGCUCAUCGUUCCCAGAUCUGGUUUAGGCGGUGCGUUUCUCAAGGGAAUGUUCUACGCAGUCGGUGGGAGACACAAUUCACCGGGAAGCAGGUAUGACAGCGACUGGGUUGACAGGUAUAAUCCAAUGACAGAUCAAUGGCGACCAUGUAGCCCGAUGUCGGUACCGAGGAAUAGGGUCGGAGUCGCCGUUAUGGACGGUCUAUUGUAUGCUGUGGGUGGCAGCGCAGGCGUUGAAUAUCACAAUAGUGUCGAAUGUUAUGACCCGGAUCAAGAUACGUGGACCAGUGUAAAACCUAUGCAUAUCAAGAGAUUAGGCGUCGGAAUAGCAGUAGUGAAUAGAUUGCUUUACGCGAUCGGUGGCUUCGACGGCAAGGACCGGCUCAGCUCAGUGGAAUGUUACCAUCCUGAGAAUGAUGAAUGGACGAUGGUAUCACCUAUGAAGUGCAGUCGCUCAGGAGCUGGUGUGGCCAGUCUGGGCCAGUAUAUAUAUGUUAUAGGCGGAUACGACGGAAAAUCGCAAUUGAAUUCGGUAGAGAGGUACGACACGGAGCACGACAUAUGGGAGAACGUGAGCAGCGUCACCAUCGCCCGCAGUGCUCUUAGCGUCACCAUUCUUGACGGCAAACUAUUCGCAAUGGGAGGAUACGAUGGUACGACGUUUUUAAAUAUAGUAGAAAUUUACGACCCGAUUCAGGAUCAAUGGGCCCAAGGUGUGCCUAUGACAUCAGGAAGAUCCGGCCACGCUAGUGCAGUAUCAUAUUAUCAGUGUCCUAUACAUUGUGAUCAUUUGGACUAUAAUAUCUCGCUAGAGAAACCGCCAUCGUGA